UAGUGUGUCAGAGUAAUGUCAAACUUGAAUGCAAUGUUUUGACGGAAAAGUAUGAAUUUGUAUACCUAACCUCAAAUCCCUCAAAUUGUAAUCCUAAUUGCAUGAAAUAGUAGUUAUUUUCAUAUGAAAGUGGUAAUUUUAUUUUAAUUUACCUGUUUAUUAACUUUACUCGUUGCUAGCCUUAUAGCGGUUAGUACGUCUAACUGCUAUUCGCUUAGUUUUAAGCGUGUGUAUAUGAAAUAGAAAGACGUCUUAAUAAUUCAAUGCAGCGUAUCACGGGUGUAUUUUAUAAAGCUCUCCCGCCUCGUUUGUUGGCGAGGUCGCGGUUAAAAUGCUCUAAAGCACCAAAGGAUACAGAGGAAACACCUCUUCGCCGGCUGCUAGACGAUGCAAGUUCAUUUGGUGAAUCUGAAGUGGAAGCUGCAGAGCCCGAGAUGCGUUGGGCAACCCAGCCAUACCCAGCGCGAAUUAAGGGCCGGCCCGAUCCUGCACAGCCGCGGGUGGACCCUCGCGAGACCACUGUCUUAUUGUUCCCGGGUCAAGGCUCGCAGCAAGUGGGAAUGGGACGUGCUCUACAAAACUUUCCAGCAGCCAAACAACUUUACGACCUAGCUUCAAGUAUUGUUGGGUGGGAUGUAGCUCGCGUGUGCAUCGAGGGCCCAGAGGACGAACUGGCGCGACGUUGCCAAACUGCAGUUUUGGUGACGUCAUUAGCGGCGCUGGAGCGCGUACGCGAGGAGCGACCGGCCGCCGUGGAGCGCGUGCGUGCCGCGGCCGGCUUCUCGCUCGGAGAGAUCGCCGCACUCGUCUUCGCAGACGCUCUGUCGCUGGAGCGCGCCCUGCGCCUUGUGGAGCUCCGUGCCGCCGCCAUGCGCGCGGCCGCAGCGGCCCGCCCCGGCGGCAUGAUCACUGUAUGGCUGGCGGCAGACGCGCGUCUUUCCGCCGCGAUGAACCGAGCACGCGAACAUGCCACCGAGCGCGGGCUGGAGGGAGCGGUUUGCCAGGUGGCUAACUACUUGUACCCCGGCUGCAAAGUGCUGGCCGGGGAUGAGGAAGCCUUGCGAUUUAUAGAGAAACACGGUGCCGAGUGGGGUAUCAGGCGAACAGCGCGCGUUCGCGUAGAAGGCGCUUUUCACACACCAUUGAUGGCCCCGGCGGAGGCGGCCCUGCGCGAGGCGCUGGGUGCGAUAGAGCUGCGAGCGCCGCGGCUGGCGGUGUUCUCGUGCGUGGACGCGACGGUGUACCGGUCGGCGGGCGCGGUGCGGCGCCAGCUGCCGCGCCACGUGUCGCGCCCGGUGCGCUGGGAGCAGACGCUGCACGCGCUGUACGCGCGCCCGCGGGGCGAGGCCUUCCCGCUCACGUUGACACUGGGCCCGGGGGCUGCGCUGCGUUCCACUUUGAGACAAGUCAACGCUCGCGCUUGGGACUCUUCACUUCAAAUCGACGCAUAAUUGGAAGUUUUUAAAUCACGUAUUUCGUUAAAUUUUAAGACACGCAUAGAACUAUAAUGUGGUGUAUGAAGUGCGUAGAAGCACAACGAUUGGCCUUAGUGAGCUCAUGGGACCAAACCCAGGAACCAUUAAUGGAGAUACUAACUGAAAGUUAUUAUGUACAUGAAUUACAUGUUGGCCAUACAUGACUAGAUGUACCAAAUACAUUAUCCGAAUGUUUAUGUACGUAAUGUAAUUGUGUAAAUAAGCAAGCUGUACUUGCAAUGAUGACUGAAAAAUAUUGCCUGUAGUGGGUUAGCCAUGAUUACUUUUAUAUGUCUUGUAAAUAGUAAUUCACUUGUAAAUAAAUAUAGUAAGACGUAAUUCAAUUACGAACAA